AUGUUAAAAAAUAACUUUAAUCCUGAUAUUAGUGAUGAUGAUUAUGUAAGUGAGAAACAAAUAUUUCAAGGAUCCAACAAAACUAUAUUAACUGUAGAAUCAAUACAUGUGGUAAAAGGUAUAGAUAAAGAUAUAAAGAAACAAAUAGAAGAAGGAAAAGUUUUUUUGAGUGAUAUAAGUCCAGUAAAGAAUGCAGAAAUUGAGGAAGCAUUUUUAAAAAGUUUAUGUAAAAGUUCUUCUACAUGUUAUGAUAAUAAUAAUAAUAAUAAUAAAAUUUUUCAUCAUCAUUUUAAUGAUAAAAAAAAAGAUUAUUCUAAUGAAAAUUCUUCGGAAGAAAUAAAUAUAAAUAUAGAAGAAAAUUAUGAUCGGUUUAAUAUAGAUAAAUCAAAAUAUUAUAAUAAUGAUAAUUUAUUAUCAUAUAAUAAAAAGAAUAAAAAUAAUGAUAAGGAUGAUGGAAUAGAUGAUAAUGUACUUAUUCGUCCUCCUAGUGAUUUACAAGAACAUAAAGAUGAUGAGAUAUCAUCACAAUAUUUUAAAAGUUAUUCAUUUGUCAAAAACUUGUCUUCAAAUAUUUUUGAAAAAUAUACUUUUAAUGAUUUACCUGAUUUGUUAGAACAAGAAACUAUUAAUUAUAUUAAAAAGCAAGAAAGGCUAUUACAAAAAAAAAGAUUAAAUGCUAAUUUAGAAGCAUUACGUUUACAAUAUAUACCAAUAAAUAAUGAUAAAUUUGUUACUAUACCUACUGAUAUUAAAGAAAAUAUUUUAGCUUUAUUUGCAUGUAUUAUUAUAAAACAUAUAGAUUCAUUUGAAGAUGAAGAUAUACAAAAUCAUUUAGAUGAAUUGUGUAAAAAUUUUUUAAAACAGUUAGCUGAUUUAUUAGUAAUAGAUCCAAUUGCAUAUCAAUGUGUUAUUAAGCCUUUUGAUCAAAGAAAAAUACUUAGAGAAGUAACAGGAGAUAAAACACCUUAUGUUCUUUACGAAAAGCCAUUUGUUGAUAAUAUAUUAGAAAAAAUAGGAAGUCUACAAGCUAAUAUAGAUGCGAAAUUUAAAAAUAUCGUUGAAGAAUUAAAUAAUGAAAUGGACUUUUGGCAAAAUGAUCAUAUAGAUGAUGAGCAAAGUGAUCAAGAUAAAGAAUAUUUAAAAAAUGAAAUGUUAUUAGAACAUGAGAAUCUCAAAAUUGAAGACAACAAAUUAUAUAUAAAAAAUAAUAUUUCACCUACGAAAACGUUUCCUGAAAGAGAAAUUGAUGAUCAUUAUAAGGAGGAAGCAAUAAAUGAUUGCUUUACUAUAAAUAAUAAGAAUGAAGAAAAAAUAGUAAAAAAGAUUAAUAAGAAACAUGACACGAAAAAGGGGAAUCAAAUAAAUGAUAGUAAUGGAUGUACAAAUAUAGGAGAAUGUAAUAAUGAUCCCCUGAAUGUCAAAUUGGUUGAUAAAAAUAAAUUAGACACUUCUAAGGUGGAAAAUAAGGAUAAUGAUGAGAAUAAGGAUGAUAACGAUGAGAAUAAGGAUGAUAACGAUGAGAAUAAGGAUGAUAACGAUGACAAUAAGGAUAACGAUGACAAUAUGGAUGAUGAUAACCCAAACGAAGUAAAAGAAUGUAAUAAAAAGAAAAAAAAGAAUAAAAAGAAAAAGAAGAAAAAAAAGAAGAUUAAAGAUAAUCCAAAUGGACGUAAGGAAAAAGACAAGUUAGAUGACCUAACUGAGGAAGAUAAAAUAAAGAGCAAUGGUUGUUAUGAAAAAGUGAAAAAAAAGAAUGAAGAAUUUGGUGAUUUUAUUAAAAAGGAUAGUAAUACAUCUGAACAACUUAACAAUAGCAAUAAUAGCUUGAAUAAUUUAGAAAAUAAUAAAAUAAGAAAAAAUAUAAAUGAGAAAAAUGUAAAACAUGAUAUGAUAAACGAUGCAGAUAUUUUAUCGAAGAUAAAAAGUCAUAUUGUAAAUAAAAUGGAUAUAUAUGAAAGUGAAAGUUAUUAUGAUGAGAGUGAUAUGGAGAAGCAUUUAAAUCACGGUGUUCCUAUAAAAGCACCUGAAGUAAAAUCAGUAUUAUUGAGAGAUUUGAUUACUACAUAUAUAAUGACAGGUAAUAAUAAUGCAAGAAUUCAUUUAUUCUUUCAGAAGUUUGCAAAAUGUUUAAAAAUAAAUGAACUUUUAAUAUUAAGGAUAGAAGAAAAUUUGGCAGCAGAUUUAAUAAGUGCUUUACAAGCAUCCACUAACGAAACAGCAAAAAGAAGAAAUAUUAGAAGAAUGAAAAUAGCUGCAGCAGCUUUAGGGGGUGGUGCAUUAAUAGCAUUUACUGCAGGAUUAGCGGCUCCAGGUAUUAUAGCAGGAUUAACAGCUCUGGGUGCAGGUGGUAGUAGUUUAACUGCAUUUUUAGCUUCAGCGAGCGGUUUAGCAUUUAUUGUUUCAUUGUUUGGUGCUGGUGGAGCAGGUUUGACUGGUUACAAAUAUAGUAGAAGAAUAGCAAAUAUAAAAACAUUUGAAUUUAUUAUGUUGAAUGGUAAUAUUUCUAAAUCGUUGAGUGUAUGUGUAUGUGUAAGUGGAGAGAUUAAAAGUGAUGAUGAUAUAACAAAUCCAUGGUUAGAGGUAUUUCCAAAUUGUUAUUGUGAUUUAUAUUGUUUGAAAUGGGAAAAUCAUUUAUUAAAAACAUUGGGAUCAUUAAUUGAAACAAUGUUAUCACAAGAAUUUGCAAUAACAGCUAGUAGAAUAUGGUUACAGUAUACAAUAGCUAGUACUUUAAGUGCAGCCUUAACAUGGCCAUUAGCAUUAAUUAAAUAUGCAUCAAAUUUAGAUAAUGUAUAUUUAUUAAUAAGAGAAAGAGCUCAACAAGCAGGUCGUAUUUUAGCUGAUGCUCUAAGUGAUAGAAAUACAGUUGGUCAACGACCUGUUAUUUUAAUAGGUUAUUCAGUUGGUGCUCGUGUUAUAUUUUAUUGUUUAAAAUAUUUAUAUUCAAAGAAAUUAUAUAAUAUUGUAAGCAAUGCCAUAUUUAUUGGUCUUCCUGCUACUACUAGUACAAAAGUAUGGGAAAAAAUACGUAUGGUAGUAACUAAUCGUGUUAUUAAUGUAUAUUCAAAAAAUGAUUGGCUUCUAGGAUUCUUGUAUAGAUAUAUGGAAUGGAAAAUAAAUGUUGCUGGAUUAAUUGCAGUCAAAGUACCUAAUGUGGAAAAUUAUGAUGCAAGUGGCAUCAUACAUAGUCAUUUAGAUUAUAAGAGAAAAUUAAAAGACAUUUUUCAUUUAAUCAAUUUUGAUAUGUAA